AUGAGCGAUUCGGAAACCGGCUCCGACAAUGGAGACUACUCAAAGCGCAAAAAGAUGAAGUCACUCUUCAAAGAGGGCCUCUCGCGCGGCAAAAAUGAGCUCCUCAAGGGCCGUAUCGCGCUCGAGCACUCACUCGGAUUGGGCCACAAGCCCAAUGUCAUUCCGCCCGCCGAGCCCGACACCAACGGGCCUGCGAGGACGGUCAAGAUCGGGUGGCACCCCGUAGCCGGGUUCGCCGGCAAGUGGUUUGCCGAAAGGACUAAGGUUGGCGCGUGGAUUACCGAGAAGGUGCACCAUUAUCCGGAUCCGUCGCAGCACUGGGCGGUGCUGGUCGGCGAGUACUGCCACGAGCUAUGGAUGGACGAGCGGCUCGACAUCAUCUACGUCAAUGGGCGAGUCGACCGCGAGGAAUGGCGGACUUUCCGGGUGGGCGAGACGCGCUUCAACGACGAAGCAUUGCGGCAGGCGGGCGAGAUGGUCAUAUACGGGAUGCGGAAGAGAAAGUCGAGCUACAACCUCAUCAGCAACAACUGUCAGAACUUUGCGCUGCUGAUGCUUGACGCGAUACAGAUUGGCGGCGCGGCGCGCACCAACUUCGCCACGACGCUUGCCGUGGUGCAGACGGCGACGGGAUCGGGCAAGAUCCGCGACUUGUUCGCGGAGAAACCGCUGAGUGAACAGGCGGCGCUGAUGGAGCAGACCGCGAAGGACAACCCCAUCGUGGCGCUGGCCAAGAGGCUGAUGGACGAGCACACCACCAAGCUGGACAAGCACCACCACGCCCGAUGA